GAUCAAUAAAACCACAAUUACCAAAUAUAUAAACCAUAUGUGUUUGUAUGGUUGUCAAAUAGAAUAACUCCCAAGAACUCAAGAAGACAAGAACAACCAGCCAUGGCUGCUUGCAAUAUCAAAGCAAUUCAGGUGAAUUGUUGUGCUCAAAAACCUUCUUCAAUCACCACCUUUGAACAAUUCAAGAACCAACUCUUAUCAUCUUUCAAGCCGUUCAUCGGUGACUUGCAGAAACUUCCCAUAAAAUUACCAGCUCCUCAUUCCAUCAUCAAGAAAACUUCAAUAGAAUUACUCCACACUUUUACGGACUCGGUGUUCCAGUUCAUCGAUCAUGAGUCACUCCCAUCUCAGAGUAACUUCGGUCCGGUGGAAGAGAUAGGAGAACCCAUUUACAUCAAUGAUGUACAAGGAACAAUCCCAAGUGAUUUUCCGGAUGGUGUUUACAUAAGAAAUGGCCCAAAUCCUCUUUUUGGAGGAUUUAAAUCAACAAAAUCAAUGUUUGGGAGAUCAAGUCAUAUAUGGGUAGAAGGAGAAGGAAUGCUUCAUGCUUUGUAUUUCAAGAAAGAAAGUGAUGGUAAAUGGAGUAUUUCUUAUAAGAAUAAGCAUGUCGAAACAGAAACAUUAAAGAUGGAGAAACAAAGAAACACACCCUCUUUUCUUCCUGCUAUUGAAGGCGAUUCUCCGGCUAUUUUAUCAGCUUAUUUGCUCAACUUUUUGAGAUUUGGGACUGUCAACAAACUGUUGAGCAAUACUAGUGUUUUUGAGCAUUCGGGCAAGUUUUACGCAGCUGCUGAGAACCAUUUGCCUCAAGAGAUUGACAUUCAAACACUCAACACACUUGGGAAUUGGGAUGUCAAUGGAUCUUGGAAUCGACCAUUUACAGCACACCCAAAGAAAGUUCCAGGUUCUGGGGAGCUUGUAACAAUGGGAGUAAAUGCAAUGAAACCUUUCUUUGAGAUAGGAGUCAUUUCAGAAGACGAAAGCAAACUAGUUCACAAAGCAGAUUUAAAAUUCGAAAGGUGUAGCCUUUGCCAUGAUAUUGGUGUUACAAUGAGAUACAAUGUUAUACUCGAUUUCCCAUUAACCAUUGACAUAAAAAGACUCGUAAAUGGAGGCCCAUUGAUAAAGUACGAUAAAGUGGACUACGCCAGGAUUGGAGUGAUGCCACGUUAUGGCGAUGCUGAUAGUGUUAGGUGGUUUCAAGUGGAACCAUGUUGUGUGUUUCAUAUCAUCAAUACUUAUGAGGACGGCGAUGAGGUAAUCUUAUGGGCAUUUAGAGCAAUGGAGUCGAUUAUACCAGGACCUGAUUUCGGGUUGAACAAGUUUGAGUGGUUCUCAAGCCGUUUCAAGAAUGAUUGUCACACAAACUGCGAUGAAUCAUUCUUCUCACGAGCAUAUGAAUGGAGAUUAAACAUGAAAACCGGAGAAGUGAAAGAAAGAUUUCUGACAGGAAAAUUAGAUUCAAUGGAUUUUCCAAUGAUCAAUGAAAACUUAACAGGUUUUAAAAACAAAUAUGGGUUUGCCCAAACUGUUGAUUUGGAUGCAAGCUCCUUUGCAGGCAUGCCAAAAUAUGGAGGACUUGCAAAGUUGCAUUUUGGAGACAUGAAACAACAAGAUUAUGUGAAAAUGGAGUACCAUAAAUUCCCAGAAAACACAUUUUGCACAGGUGCCACAUUUGUUGCAAAACCUGGAGGUACAGAAGAAGAUGAUGGUUGGGUGAUCACAUUUGUACAUGAUGAACACUUAAAUAUGUCUCGGGCUGUCAUAGUAGAUGCAAGGAACUUUACGAGUGAGCCAGUUGCGAUUAUCGCAUUGCCAAGUCGAGUGCCGUAUGGUUUUCAUGGAGCUUUCAUUUCAAUAACCUUGUAAUCGAUGCUAGUAAAUAUUCAUUGAUGGAUGCACUGUCUGUAUACUAAGGUAGAUAUUAUUAUUCUUUUUAAGAAAUUUAGAAGGAAAUAAUAAGGAUAAGCAAAUACUUAGGGGGAUCAAGGGAUGUGACUCACAAUCAA